UUUUCCAACUUGAGCUAUUAAAUUAUUAAUUAGCUACUUCAAUACUUUUUUUUUUCCAAAAUGCCUGGAAUUGCCUUUGGUAGUUUUGAUGAUUCCUUCAGCUCCAGCUCCAUCAAGGCCUACAUUGCUGAGUUCAUCUCCACCUUGCUCUUCGUCUUCGCUGGUGUCGGCUCAGCUAUCGCUUACGCCAAAUUGACAGCAGAUGCUGCCCUAGAUCCACCUGGUCUCGUAGCGGUCGCGGUGUGCCAUGGAUUUGCCUUAUUUGUCGCGGUCUCUAUCGCUGCCAACAUCUCUGGCGGCCAUGUUAACCCAGCUGUCACCUUUGGGUUGGCCGUUGGCGGCCAGAUCACUUUCCUAACCGGGUUAUUCUACUGGAUAGCCCAACUUCUUGGCUCAACCGUCGCAUGCUUCCUUCUCAGUUUCGUCACUGGAGGCCUGGCCGUCCCUACACAUGGUGUUGCAGAAGGCGUUGGAUCGAUUCAAGGUGUAGUUUUCGAAAUAAUUAUCACAUUCGCAUUGGUUUACACUGUUUACGCCACUGCAUGUGACCCAAAGAAGGGCGCAUUGGGCACAAUUGCACCUAUUGCAAUUGGGUUCAUAGUUGGUGCCAAUAUCUUGGCUGCAGGCCCGUUCUCAGGUGGGUCAAUGAACCCAGCCCGAUCUUUCGGGCCUGCUGUUGCUAGCUUUGACUUCUCUGGACACUGGAUCUACUGGGUUGGACCACUCGUUGGCGGUGGACUAGCCGGACUUAUUUACCCAAAUGUGUUCAUUUCUAAUGAGCAUAUUCCCCUCACCAAUGAAUACUAAAUUCCAAUGUUUGUGCUCUUGUGUGUUGGAUUGUAUGAUUCCAGGCUAUUUUAAUUUAAAAGUAAAAAUGGAAAACAAGUUAUUUGUUUAUUUUCAGUUAUGAGAUAUGUAUCCAAAUUGUUUUGUUUUGUAA